AUGUUCGCUGCAGGUCGUGCUCUCCGUACCGCUGUCUCUCGCUCUGGCAACUAUGCCAACCUUCCCCGUUCCGCCAUUGCGCGCCAUAUGAACACGAAAGUCAAUGGCCCCGUCGUGGGUAUUGACUUGGGUACAACAAACUCGUGUGUCUCCGUCAUGGAGGGUAAGACGUCGAGGGUGAUCGAGAACGCGGAAGGUGCACGUACAACACCGUCCGUUGUUGCUUUCACGAAGCACGGAGAGAGACUAGUCGGUCUGCCUGCAAAGAGACAGGCCGUUGUCAACUCUGCCAACACCGUUUUUGCAUUCAAGCGGUUGAUUGGACGACAAUUCCGGGAUAAGGAGGUCCAGGAGGAUGCCAAGCAUUGGCCAUUCAAAAUCGUGGAGAAGCCAGACGGAAGGCCAGCUGUGGAAGUCGACAACGGUGAUAAACGUCAACAGUUUUCGGCAGAAGAGCUCUCGUCAAUGGUCCUGGUGAAGAUGCGUGAAACCGCCGAGCAGUUCUUGAACAAAAAAGUCAACCACGCUGUUGUCACUGUCCCCGCUUACUUCAACGAUGCUCAGCGUCAAGCGACGAAGGAUGCCGGUCAAAUUGCUGGGUUGGACGUUCUGCGCGUCAUCAAUGAGCCGACUGCGGCCGCUCUGGCUUACGGUCUUGACCGCGCUGAUUCAUCCGUCAUUGCCGUCUACGAUCUUGGAGGAGGAACUUUUGAUAUUUCAAUCCUGGAGAUGCAAAAGGGUGUGUUCGAAGUGAAGUCGACCAAUGGUGACACGCAUUUGGGUGGCGAAGAUUUCGACAUCGUGCUUGUGAACCAUCUCUUGAACGAGUUCAAGAAGGAGUCAGGCAUUGACCUCGCCGGAGACCGCAUGGCUAUCCAGCGUAUCCGUGAGGCUGCCGAGAAGGCCAAGAUCGAGUUGUCAUCGACGUCACAGACAGAGAUCAACUUGCCAUUCAUAACUGCCGAUGCAUCCGGACCCAAGCACAUCAACACCAAGCUCAUGCGUUCGCAAUUCGAGUCGCUCGUCGCUCCCCUCAUUCAACGCACCGUUGACCCGUGCAAGAAGGCUUUGUCCGACGCUGGUGUUAAGCCCAGUGAGAUCAAUGAAGUCAUCCUUGUUGGCGGCAUGACUCGUAUGCCACGUGUUGGAGAGACCGUCAAGUCUAUCUUCGGUCGCGAUCCUUCAAAGGGUGUUAACCCCGAUGAGGCCGUCGCUAUUGGUGCUUCCAUCCAAGGCGGUGUCCUUGCCGGCAAUGUCACUGACAUUCUUCUCCUUGAUGUCACUCCUUUGUCUCUCGGUAUCGAGACGCUCGGUGGUAUCAUGACCAAGUUGAUCAGCCGCAACACUACCAUCCCCACUAAGAAGUCGCAAGUUUUCUCGACUGCUGCUGACGGCCAAACUGCCAUCGAAGUUAAGAUCUACCAGGGCGAACGUGAAUUGGUCCGUGACAACAAGCUUCUUGGCAACUUCAACCUCGUCGGGAUCCCACCCGCUCCCAAGGGUGUCCCUCAGAUUGAGAUCACCUUCGACAUUGAUGCUGAUGGUAUCGUCAACGUUUCUGCAAAGGACAAGGCUACCAACAAGGAUCAAUCCAUGACCAUUGCUUCAUCUUCCGGGCUUAGCGACAAGGACAUCGAGAAGAUGGUUUCUGACGCCGAACAGUACGCCGAGACCGACAAGGAGCGCCGCGCUCUCAUCGAGGAAGCCAACAAAGCUGACUCGGUCUGCGCUGAUACCGAGAAGGCCAUGAACGAGUUCAAGGACCAACUCGAUGCUACCGAGAAGGAGAAGGUUACCAAGCUUGUCGCCGAGCUUCGUGAGAUCGCAGUUAAAGGCCAAGCUGCUGACUCCUCCGUCACCGCCGAGAGCAUCCGUGAGAAGAUCAACGAGACGCAGCAGGCAUCGCUCGGCCUCUUCCAGAAGGUCUACGAGAAGCGUAACGCUGAGAACAACGCCUCUGAGCAGUCUACCUCAGAGUCAUCGGAGAAGAAGGAAGAGAAGAAGGACUAA